AUCCAAGCUUUCGUUCAUUCCAUCCAGGCUAGACUCCCAUUUUUCUUUUUUCUAAUCGCUUAGUUUGCUUCCUUUAAAUUCGCCCUGGAAGAGAGCCAUUUCGCCAUACACCUGUUACAGUGUGGCGCUUUGAGAAUAGCCCUAUUUAAAUUCUUUGUGUCGCUCAAACGCGGUGGGCUUGAUCGAUGCGCGACGCUUCUUAGGCCGCAAGCGAGCGAUUUCUAUGAUUCUGUGAUCCGGGGCCACACCGCCAUCGAAAGCGCAUGAUUGAUGGUAUCGAGUGUGUGAUCUCCGCGGCUUGCCAAAUAUUUCGGUGUCCAUGGCCCCAAUUCCAGCGACGCCGGGCGAGGCAUCACGAUUCCCAGGGCGAGCUCGCAAUGUCGGAUGCGGCAGGGAAUGCAUGGCGAGGAUUUCUUGCCCCGGGCGGCGCCAUGCAUCCGGCGGCGCCGAUCGCGCAGGGAAUUCCAAGAAAUCCGAGGAGGAGCCGGGCGGGGGCGGCGAUAGAGAGGUCGUCUCCUACUGGCAGCUCCUCAGCUACGCGGAUCGCUACGAUGUGGUGCUGAUGCUCGUCGGAUCGGUGGCGGCGAUGGUGAGCGGCUUGAUCUUCCCGGCGAUUCUGGUCGUCCAGAGCCACCUCAUCAACAAUUUCGGGAGCCUCCAGAAUCGUCCCGUGGAGCUGGCGAGGAGAGUAUCUGAGGAUGCGACAUUCUUGGUAUACACAGCGGCUGUUGCUUUGGUGGCCUCGUACCUCGAAGUAAGCUGCUGGAUGAAGACUGGAGAACGGCAAGUGGCAAGAAUCCGUGCAGACUACUUGCGUGCGAUUCUCAGGCAAAAUGUGGGGUAUUUUGACAGCGACAUGUCCACAGCUGAGGUUGUUGGAAAUGUUUCAGUGGACACACUUCUCGUACAAGAAGCGAUUAGCGAGAAGGUUGGGAACUUUAUCGAAAACUUAUCCCACUUCGUGGGUGGAUACUUCGUCGGAUUCACACAGAUAUGGAGGCUAGCACUUGUGAUGCUGCCGUUUUUCCCGCUGUUGAUAAUUCCAGGCUCACUGUACAGCAAGGCUCUGUCCGAGUUUGCGAUUCGUAGGCAGAGCGCAUACAAAGAAGCAGGAACAAUUGCUGAACAAGGACUGUCGUCGGUCCGAACGGUCUACUCAUUCGUGGCAGAGAAGAAGACGACAGAGAAGUAUUCGGCAGCCCUGGAUGGCACAGUGAAGCUUGGACUCAAACAAGGACUUGCCAAAGGACUUGCCAUGGGUUCCAGUGGCAUCAACUUCGCCCUGUGGGCCUUCAUGGCGUGGUAUGGCAGCGAGCUUGUGAUGCAACACCGUGCAAAUGGUGGUCAAGUUUUGACAACAGGAUUUGCGGUGCUUUCUGGUGGCAUAGCUUUGGGAAAUGCUACGCCCAACAUGAAAGCUUUUGCAGAAGGACGUGUAGCUGGUACCAGAAUUUUCAAAAUGAUUCAACGCGUUCCCCCUAUCGACACAAAUGAUUCGAGUGGGAAAACGCUUAGCAAAGUUGAAGGUAACUUGGACCUCAAAGAGGUUGAGUUCGCAUAUCCUUCGAGACCGGGAGCUCUGGUUUUGAAAUCUUUCACUCUUCACGUUCCAGCCAAAAAGACGGUCGCGUUGGUUGGGAGCAGUGGAUCUGGAAAGUCCACCAUCAUUUCUCUGAUAGAAAGGUUCUAUGAUCCUGUUGCUGGUCAAGUUAUGCUUGACAACGUGGACAUUCGAGAAUUGCAUCUUAUGUGGUUGCGAAGGCAGAUGGGACUGGUGAACCAAGAGCCGGGAUUAUUUGCAACUUCGAUACGGGAGAACAUUUUGUAUGGGAAAGAAAACGCGAGCAUGGAAGAGAUUACUCACGCAGCAAAACUUGCCAACGCGCACGACUUCAUACAGAGAAUGCCGAGAGGCUACGACACACAAGUUGGAGAACGUGGUGUUCAGCUUUCUGGUGGACAAAAGCAAAGAAUUGCCAUAGCACGAGCAUUGAUUCGAAAUCCGCCAAUUCUUUUGCUGGAUGAAGCGACUAGUGCUCUAGACAGUCUCUCGGAGCAAGCAGUUCAGCAAGCACUAGAAAGGGCACGUAUGGAGCGGACAACGGUCAUAGUGGCUCACAGGUUAUCGACAGUUCAAGAAGCUGAUCUGAUUGUAGUUAUGGAUUCUGGUAUAGCGGUCGAAUCCGGCAGUCACGAAGAGCUUGUAGCUGAGAAGACGGGGGUGUACGCUUCUCUACUCAUGAAGCAAGCAAACAGCUCCGGGCAUUAUGAAAUCAAUCCCGCAACAGAACAAGUCAUGAAAGUCUCAUCGGCGACUGAAGGGGAUCUCGUCGACGUGGAACUUUCAGCAACCAGUGAGAAGGAUAUUAACAGGUACACAAGACUUCCAUCAAGAACCAGCAGGAAGGUGAAGAGCAAGCCAAAAGUUAAGAAGCCGUCCGUUGCCAGACUUCUGGCACUAAACAAGCCCGAGUGGAAGCAAGGCCUUCUGGGACUCUGGGGUGCAGUGUCUUUUGGAUUCGUCCAUCCGUUUUACGCAUUUCUUCUUGGUAGCAUGGUCGCAAGCUACUACACGACUGACGUAGAGAAGCUUCACCAAACAGUUCGAAUUCACGUCUACGCCUUCCUCGGUCUGGGAGUUGCUUCGUUCAUUGUGAACAUUGUGCAACAUUGCAGCUUUGCGGCACUUGGCGAGAGCUUGACAAAGAGGGUACGUGAGAAGUUGCUGGCUUCAAUGCUCAGUUUUGAAGUCGGCUGGUUCGAUAGAGAAGAAAACUCAACUGGUGCUUUGUGCUCCAGACUAGCUUCGGAUGCAAGCAUGGUUCGUGGACUUGUUGGUGAUCGUAUUUCUCUACUCGUCCAGACAGCAAGCGCAACGUCAGUGAGCUUUAUCGUUGGGCUUAUAACUUCGUGGAAGCUGGCCAUGGUGAUAAUAGCGAUACAACCACUCAUCAUCCUCUGCUACUACGUGAAAAAUAUAUGUCUGCGAGGAUUUGCUCAGAAUACUGCGGCAGCACAGAGGGAAGCCUGCAAAAUUGCAAGCGAGGCAGUAUCACAUCACCGGACAGUCACGGCAUUCUCGUCACAGGAGCGGGUUCUGGCGUUUUUUAAGUCGAAGCUCGAAGUUCCGAUUCGAGAGACCAUGAAGCGGUCACAUAUUGCGGGGUUUAGCCUGGGAGUAGCUCAGUUUAUUCUCUACGCAUCGUGGGGGCUGGAUUUUUGGUAUGGAGGCCUGCUGGUGAAGCACGGGGAGAGCACGUUUGGUGCGGUUUUGAAGACGAUUUUCAUAUUGGUGAGCACGGGACGAGUUUUAGCCGAAGCGGGAACUCUCAGUCCUGAUCUUGCCAAGGGGGUCUCAGCGGUGAAGUCCGUGUUUGAGAUUUUGGACAGGAAGACAGAGAUAGAUGCAGAGAAGGACUCUGCCAAGUGUGUGCCGGUUCUCAAAGGUGACGUCGAGUUCUACGACGUCUACUUCGCGUACCCAUCGAGGCCGGACUUGCUCGUGCUGAAAAACUUCAGGCUGCGAGUAAAUGCUGGCCAGACUGUAGCACUGGUUGGCGAAAGCGGCUGCGGGAAGUCCUCUGCCAUCGGACUGAUCGAGAGGUUUUACGAUCCGAUUGGUGGGAAGGUUACCAUCGAUGGCAGGGACAUCCGGGGAUUGAGUCUAAAGUGGCUGAGAAGACAGAUUGCUCUUGUGAGCCAGGAGCCGACGCUGUUUGCCACAAGUAUCUGGGAGAACAUCGCUUACGGGACCGAGAACGCGAGUGAUUCGGAAGUGGUGGAGGCAGCACGAGCAGCAAACGCUCACAGCUUCAUCAGCGCUUUGCCGGAUGGCUACUCGACGUUCGCGGGCGAGAAAGGUCUCCAGCUCUCCGGCGGGCAGAAGCAACGCAUCGCAAUCGCGCGGGCCAUCCUCAAGAACCCGGCGAUCCUCCUGCUGGACGAGGCAACGAGCGCUCUCGACGCCGAGUCGGAGGAGAUCGUCCAGCAGGCUCUAGAGACGAUAAUGGCCAGCCGGACGACGAUCGUGGUGGCUCACAGGCUAUCCACGAUCCAAAAUGCCGACUCCAUAGCCGUGGUCCAGGACGGUAGCGUUGUGGAGCAAGGCUCUCACGAGGAUCUCCUCCAAUGGCAAGGUAUGGAGGAGGAAGGAGAAGACGAGAACGAAGAAGCCACCAUGGCCGCUACUAACACCAUAGCCAAGAAGAGGAAGACGAACAAGGGAGUCUACUUCUCAUUGAUUCACAGGCAAUACUUCGCUGGUCGCGCCUCUUUACAAAAAGAUUCGUAGAAUAAUUUCUUGUUAGAUUGUGAAGAGCCCUAAAAACAGAGUAGGGUGAAUCUUCGUUAAAUAUUAAGAGCCCUUUUGUUUCAAA